UUCAUUCAUAUUCACUCACAACUGAUCAAUGUAAUUAAUUUUUGAGUCGUAAUAUUUCGUUUUCUUACUGAUUUGCUCUAUAUAAUUUUUCAAAAACAAAUUUUGAUUGUAUUAUUAUUUAAAUUAAAUCAGUGGAUAUUCAUGGAAUUUUGAUUAUGUUCCAACAAUUGUGAAAAACCUAUAGUACUUACUCCAUGUUGGUUGUGGAAAGUGAGCAACUCUUUUGUGUGUGUCAACUCAACUAUUUGAGACAACAAUGACGAUAAAUGUUUGAGCUAUAAAAUGACGGAAAAGGGAUUCGAGGGUGAUCAGUCUUCAUCCUCGUGGGACAUCCCUGGUCCGUCAUCAUUGGCCGCUAUCUUAGACACAGUAUUUACGUCUACUGCAUCUGACCAUCAGAGAAAUGAAGAAAUGGAAUGUGAUGCACUAUUUGCAGAGAGUGAUGAUGAUGUAGAAGUAAUGCCAAUGUCUUCUGAAGCUGCACCAAUGGUGAGGGACAUUACUCCAAAGCCAGUUUCUUCAAAUUAUGUGAAUUCAACUACUCCUACUCAGCCUUAUGAAGUAAAUGUAGCUGCUCUUUCUCAUCCUAUACCAUCCCACACUCCAGUGCCAGAAGAAUACCAACCACUACCUGAUAGUUCUAGUUCACUAGGGUAUGUACUUGGUGACAACUCUGAAGGACUUUCUGCAAAUGGCCAGAGGAGAUAUUCAGAUAUGAAUAUUAGAUACCAACCAAAACCUGUUCCAGUGGGCUCUAGAGGUUACUACUACCCUAACUAUACGCAGUAUGCAGCAGGGGUGAGACCAGCUCAAGAUUAUUCAUUUGUUCCAUAUCACUCAAAUAAUGUUAUAGUUCUAAGUGAUGAUUCUAACUAUGUACCUCAUGCUCUACCCUACACAGUUCCAUCUAAUCAGCCUCAAAUAGGGGAUAGUAAUCAAAUGUCUGGUGGCUACCCAAAUAUGUACCCUAAUAAUUAUAAUCAACUGCAUCCUGGGGAUAACAAUAUUACAGCCGGUAAUCAAGUCCCAAAUCAUUUAGAAAGGCCUAGUAGAAAACUAAAUAUAUCUCCCAGGAGGAGACAAUCAAGAGAGAAUGAAGGUAGUGCUUUUUUUAUAGAAGUGAGUUCAGAGGAAGAAGAUGAUGCUACACCUAGAAAAAAGCAGUGUGAUAACAGUAUUGGUCAUCAAACAGCUGGAAGCAGUGGCAGCAGUAGCAGAGGAAAUAGUAGCCAGACAAAUGAUGCAGGAAUAAGUAUUGAUGUCAAGAGAGAACCAGGUGAACAAGCCGAUAUAGCUAAUCCAGCUGAGAGUACGGCCAUCAUCACAGUAUCAGAGAACCUCCUACCUCAGCUUGAACAAAGAUAUCGCAAUCAGCGCCUCACUCAAAAUUGUCCUCAUGCACAGCCCUCCACUUACAGAUGUGUACAAAACUCACCAGUGAUACACAUAAAACAAGAGAACUUUGGUUGUGUUCAUAACAGUAGUUCUGGUUGCAGAAUUAAUCAUAUACCCAAUACAUAUUCACAUGUUCAUAUAAGCCAGAAUGAGUUACAUAGGCGCAAUUCUAGUCAUUGUCACCAUGCCAAUGGGUCUCACCACCAUCACCAUCAUCAUCACAGAAUGCAUACAUCAUGCACUCAUAACACAGAAGGACCAGUUCUACCGAAUCCUUCUACAUCCCAGGUAAAAGAGGAGCCAAGGACACAAAAUAUUAAACAAGAGACUGAUUCUUCUCAAGCACAAAAACAAAGGUUGGAAAAUAAUCCUGCUCCGACUGCACCAUGUCCAAUCAAAGUUGAGAGGAAUAGUGAAGCUUGUGUCAAAGUGGAACCCGGUGCUCCUAGUCCUCUGAGGCCGAUGGAAGUGCAACAAAAUGUGACUGUAAAAUGUGAAAGGCAAAAUGAGGACAGUAGACGUUGCUGUGACAUUAAUGCUGCAGGAGACAGAGCAGCCAAUGCUUCGCCACAGCCGGGCACCAGUUCUGGCAGGCCAUGUCAGGCUCAGCCGCAAAUUGUAGAAAAUAGACCUACAAAUACACAGGAAGAUCAAUGUUAUGAACAAAAUGCAGUGUUGUCAGCACCAGACUUGCAGCUAGAUUGGGUCUCAGAUUCAAGUUCAGAUGAUGAUGUGCAGCUCUUGGAAGAAGACCCUAAUCCACGUGCAGUGAUAGACUUGACAAGUUCGCCGGGCCGGGCGCCGUCGCCGGCCGCGGCGCCGGCGGAUCCGCCGCGGCCGACGUUCGAUCAGCCGCGCGUGUUUCCGCCGCACCCCCUCUCUCACAAUGCACACCCGCCGCAUGCGCAUCUACUGCGCACGAGGGUCCGCGUGGGCGGCUGCAUGGUGUCGUGCCGCGGCUGCUGCUGCGCGGGCUACGGCGCGCUGCAGCCUCCGCUGGCUCACCACCCGCCGCAUCACCCGCCGCACCACCCGCCGCACCACCCGCCGCACCACCCGCCUCACCACCCGCCUCACCACGCCCCGCCGCACCACGCCCCGCCGCACGCCCCGCCCUCUGCCACGCACUUCGUGCAUCACACGCCGCUACACGCGCACAUGGGCGAGCGGCGGCGCGACGUGUCGCUAGCGCCGCCGUACCUCGUGCACGAGCGGCUCUGGCAUCGGCAACAACACAUGCUGGAGGUGCAGCGGCGCAGUAUGAUGGGCGACAUCGGCGGCGGGCUGGCGCUGUCGCCGUACAUAUCGCCGCCCGCUGCGCCGCUCCUCGCUUUUCCAGAUGAACUGGAACCCCACGAUCUGAGUUCGAAUCGCGUGUCCCAAGGGCUCCCGUCCGGUGUUUCCCCGCCUAUGAUGCUUGAGGGUCCGCACAUCCACCACCACAUGCACCACUACCUGCAGAUGCACCCUCCGCAUCUACACAUUUCCAUACAGCCCUCAGUCAUGCAGUCGUCGGCGCUGGCGGCGCAGAUGGUGGCGGUGGUGUCGGCGGCCGAGCGACGCGCCGAGCGCGGCGCCAGCUCCGCCGUCAUCGAGCGGAACACCUACAGACACGCGUACGCGGCGCCGGCGCCGCACCAUCAGGAUGAGAAGUGCACCAUCUGUCUGUCUAUAUUCGAGGUCGACUCUGACUGCAGACGGCUGCCGUGCAUGCACCUAUUCCACAUGGAGUGCGUGGACCAGUGGCUCAGCACCAACAAGCACUGCCCCAUCUGCCGCGUCGACAUCGAGACGCAUCUCAACAAGGACGCCACCUUCUGAGUGCGGACAGCUUGUCCUGGAGCUGCGGGGAACUGAUGAUGGCCGCCUGCUGCAGCGCCAGACUCUCCUGCUGCAGCUCGUGUGUCAGCUGCUUCUGCAUGUUGCACGUCCUGACACAAACAUACUGCCAAUCAUGUACAUAUUACCAUAAUAACAUAUUGUAUUUACUUUUUAAAUUUUGUUACACUUAUUACAAUGUUAGCGGUCAAAAGAAGUGACUAUUGUUGAUUUAAAAAUAAGGCUAAAUAAUAUCGAAUGUCAAUGAACUACGCAUAGUUUAUAAAAUAUAAUUUUGUUGUUCUUGACAAACUGAUAAUUUAAGGAAAAAAAUUGGAAGAUUUUUUUAAUUACACUAUGAAAUAAUGCUUUAUUAAAUGUUUUUUCAUUUGUA